UAUCAAAACACGCGAGAAUCAAUCGCAUCCUGGCAUGUGUUUUAGUGCAUUUUUGGAUUCUCUUUAAAAUAUUUUCAAUUAUUGAGCUCGUAUUAUAGUUAUUUCUGUGAAAUGAAGCGCAAAUCAGAAAGCGGUAACAAACCCGCUUUUGUGAAGCGGAAAACGGAACUUGUAUUUGAUCCAAACAAGCGAAAGGAAUUUCUCACCGGAUUCCACAAGCGUAAAGUGCACCGGAAAAAGCUAGCCCAUGGCGAUCUCCAGCGUAAACUCAAGGAGGAAACUCGUCGAAUCCGGCUGGAGGCGAAGGAUAACGUCAAGAAGCUGUACCAUUCGUACAAACCGAUCCCGGAGCUGACCGCUGCGGACCGUGAGGACGACGAAUACGACACCGAAAACGUCACAGUCAAAGUGGUCGAACUGUCCACAACGGAUCUGGCCAAGGAAAACAACUGGAUCGGAGAGAAUUCCGCAGUGGUGCGCGACGAGGAAGACGCCGAAGAGGACCAGGAUGAAGAGGAAUCCUCCAGCGACGACGAAGAUGUCGACACUGUUCCAGGCAUGGAACUGGAUGGAGAAAGCUCGAAAAAGAGGAAAUCCAAGCACGGCAACGAUUCAGAUGAUGAGGAUCAGGAGCAGCCAGAAGACAAACAGGCCCCAUCCGGCGGAAAGCAGAAACCCCGCGGACCGGUACUUAACCUGGAGGGAGUUCGCUCCAAGAAAGAGCUGAACAAAAAGCUCAAACGGCACGCACAAAAGUCGAUGCAGAAAAGCAAAGCCUUCCAGCGGUCGGUUCGGGUGCAGCAGCAAAAGCAGUUGAAAAACUCUCGCCGGGUUCGGCAUUUCAAGACCAAACACCUGAAGCGAAAGGGUAAGUUGAAUGACGGCGUUAAACAAGGCAAGGGAAAGAAACGUGGAGGGAGAGAUUAGUUUGUAGGAAUCUGUUUAUAAUAAAGGCUCUAAAUGUUA